UUGAAUGGAUUGCUGCAGUCUCCUUAGCUGCCGGAGCAGCUGCUGUUGGGUAUCUAGCUUACAAAAAAUUUCUCUCUAAAGACAAAUGCUGCAAAGCAAUGGUGAAUCCCCAUAUCCAGAAGGAUAACCCCAAGGUAGUCCAUGCAUUUGAUAUGGAAGAUCUGGGAGACAAGGCUGUGUACUGUCGUUGUUGGAGAUCUAAGAAGUUCCCGCUGUGUGACGGCUCUCACACGAAGCACAACGAGGAGACUGGCGACAAUGUUGGGCCUCUGAUCAUCAAGAGGAAGGAGGCAUAGAGUGGACAGUAGAAGCUACAAAAUGAAUGUCUGACAAAUCCUCUGCUCACUUGUAAUUGGGGGGAAAACCCACAAAUUCUUUGUCAUGUCACUGAAGACUUCCCAGUGUAGUACAUACAUCAGGCUUCAGCAUGUGUAUUUUAUCUGGUGCUUGUCUUGUUUUAAUCACUACAAUGCAUAAGUCACUAAAUAGUCAUGGUUUAAAUUUUUUGUCCUGUAAAGUGUGUGUACCUUCUCAUUGAGUAUGAAACUAAAAUGACGCACAGAAUGUA